AUGUUAAAAUGUAGCUCUAUUCUGCUUUUCUUUAUUCUUUUGUUUUACACAUAUGUCAAAUUAUCAUAUUCGCAUAAUUACUUAAAUUUUUGCAGAAAAUUUUGCAAAAAUGGUUCAAACAUUAAUGUGAAACCAUAUUUCUUUAUAAAUCGCAAUAAUGUGACUCCAAUACAAAGUAAAAACAACAGUUUUUUGAACCAUUACGUUACACCCUUUUAUAAAAGGAGUAAAUUGUCCCCUAAUUUGGCUUCUCUCAGCAAUGAUUUUCAAAUAACAGAAGUAAAACUGGAAAGAUAUAGGAAUAUAGGUGGGUUUGAUGGAAGAAUCAUGGCACACAUUGAUGCUGGAAAGACUACAACAACAGAAAGAAUACUUUAUUUGACAGGAGUUACCUAUAAAAUGGGAGAAGUGCAUGAGGGCCAGGCAGUAAUGGACUACCUUCCGCAAGAGAAGGAGAGAGGAAUAACCAUAACCUCAGCAGCAACGACGUGCUACUGGAGAGGAGGAUAUCGCAAAAUACCAAUACAUCGCAUAAACAUUAUUGACACGCCGGGUCACGUUGAUUUCACAGUCGAGGUGGAAAGGUCACUGAGAGUGCUGGACGGAGGGAUUGUGGUUUUCGACGGAGUAGCAGGAGUGGAGCCACAAUCAGAAACAGUGUGGAGGCAGGCGGACAGAUACAAGAUUCCGAGAAUAGCAUACGUGAAUAAGAUGGACAGAAUAGGAGCGGACUUUGAAAAGUGUAUUAACGAAAUGAAGGAAAAACUGGGAGCGUUUCCAAUACCAGUAUUUAUACCAGUGGGAGUGCAUAGUGACUUCGAAGGAGUAAUAGACGUAAUAAGGAUGAUAACGGAACGUAGGAGUAAAUUUUAUAAGUUCUCAAAGGAGAAGAACAACUUCAACUACGAGGAACUGGAAAUACCAAAGAAAAUGAAGGAAAGUUAUGAAAAAUAUAGAGAGUUGUUGGUGGAGACAGUGGCACAGGAGUCAGAAGAACUAAUGGAAAAAUAUUUUGCACAAGGUGAGGUGGCUUUAUCGUGCCUUAAACAUAACUUAGAACCGAUAACGGAACAGGAAAUAAGAGAUAUGCUGAGAACACUAACAUUGGCAAACAAAGUAGUACCACUGGCCUGCGGGAGUUCACUAAAGAAUAAAAACAUACAAGGAAUAUUGGACAUGGUAUUGGAUUUCCUACCAUCACCAUGUGAAACAAACAAGUUAUUUUUGGAGUCGAUUAAGAGCAGUGAAUUAGAAAAGGAAUCGGAAGAAAAAGAUCAACAAGAAGAUGUAGAAGGAGGAAAGCAGCCAGAACAACAACUCACAGAGGAGGACGAUGAUAAAAGAAACGAUGCGUACUUCGACGUAAGGGACUUCUCACAGCCGUUUGCAGCAUUGGUCUUUAAGUUGGCAUUUGACUCGAAUUUGGGAAAACAGUCGUUCGUAAGGAUAUACAGAGGGACAGUAAAGGUGGGAGAUAGCGUAUAUAACCCGAGGAUGAAGAAAUCGCAGAGAGUGCAGAAAAUACUCUUCGUACACUCAGAUACAAGAAAGCAAAUAAAGGAAGCACACGCAGGGGACAUAGUGGGAGUGAAGGCGAUAACGGGAGACACACUGUGCUCGGAAAAGGAGCCGAUAGUACUAGAGUCCAUGGAGUUCCCGGAACCAGUGAUAAGCCGCUCAGUGGACAUAAUAUACUCGGGGGACGACGUGAGACUGUACCCAGUGCUGGAGAAGUACAUGGACGAGGACCCGUCAUUCAAGAUGCACAGAAACAAGGAAACCGGCCAGACACUAAUAAGCGGAAUGGGCGAGCUGCACCUGGAGGUGGUCCUGGACAGAAUCAAGAGGGAGCACAAGCUGGAGUUGAAGACGGGAGACCCGCAGGUGGCGUUCAAGGAAACGUUCGUGAAGGAGGUCCAGGCGGAAGGAAAGUUCAUCAAACAGACCGGAGGACACGGACAGUACGGCCACGUGAACUUUCACGUGCUUCCGCUGGAGCAGGGGAGCGGAGUCAAGUUUGAAAGCAAGAUAUUCGGAGGAGCAAUCCCGAAGGAGUUCGUGCCGUACAUAGAGCAGGCGCUGCGGGAGGAGCUGAACACGGGACUGCUGGCGAACUACCCAGUGACCGACGUGCUCGUAACGCUGGUCAACGGCUCCUUCCACGAGGUCGACAGCUCGGAGUUCGCGUUCAAGAUGGCGACCUCGAGAGGCAUCAGGGAGGCAGCCCGCCUCUCGGGAAUGAGGCUGCUCGAGCCGAUCAUGAAGGUGCGAAUAGUGUGUCCGACGGUGAACUUCGGAGAAGUUAUUUCAGACCUGUCGAAGAGGCGCGGGAAAAUUAAGAGCAACAGGGACGGACACGGCUCCGUGAAGGAGAUCGAGGCGGUGGCGCCUCUGAAGGAAAUGACCGGGUACAUAUCGAAGCUGCGCUCGUUGAGCCAGGGCCGCGGCUUCUACACCAUGGAAAUGUCGCACUACGAGCCGGUGCCGCGCGAGGUCCAGGAUCAAAUAGUGUCGACGAGAAAAGAUUAA